UGUGUUGUUUGUACCAAAAGGAGAGAACGUGCAUGUUGUGAUUGUGGCAUGCCAAGUAACGAGGAUACAUGAAAUGAAGGAAUCAGAAAAUUAAACAUGGUUACUCAACACAAUAACAUGCUUAUGCUCGUGUUCUUCCGUGUGUAGCGCGUGUUACUCCUACUGCAAUUCCAUUUCCCACACAUUCCAACGUCCAAUGCCGUUUCCAUUCAUGGAAACCCCAGAAAGAAAAAGAAAAAGAAAACUUGGCUUUGUUUAUUUAAAUGGAUUGACUCCUAUACAUCAUUUGAAUGGAUCAAAAGAAUGUUAUGGAGGCUAGUUAGAAGAGAUUAGUGUUAAGUUGUGAAAAAUAAACAAGAACAUGGCUCCAUCCAGCAAGGCUGAGAAGAAGGCAGCAGUGGACGCAGCUGCAUGGGUGUUCAAUGUUGUCACUUCUGUUGGAAUUAUCAUUGUAAACAAAGCUUUGAUGGCCACUUAUGGCUUCAGUUUUGCUACAACAUUAACAGGCCUUCACUUCGCCACUACAACUUUGAUGACAACCAUACUAAGGAUGCUGGGAUAUGUCCAGGAUUCUCAUUUACCCUUCUCAGAGCUUCUAAAAUUUGUUUUAUUUGCCAACUUCUCCAUUGUUGGAAUGAAUGUCAGUCUAAUGUGGAACUCAGUUGGAUUUUACCAAAUUGCUAAGUUGAGUAUGAUCCCUGUAUCUUGCCUGUUGGAAGUUGUUUUUGACAAGGUUCGGUAUUCAAGAGAUACAAAAUUGAGCAUAGGUGUUGUUCUUUUGGGUGUUGGUGUUUGCACUAUUACUGAUGUGAGUGUUAACACAAAAGGUUUCCUUGCUGCCUUUAUAGCAGUGUGGAGCACUUCUCUGCAACAAUAUUAUGUUCAUUUCCUUCAACGGAAGUAUUCACUAAGUUCUUUCAACCUUCUGGGUCAUACAGCACCUGCACAGGCCGCAUCACUACUCUUGUUGGGCCCUUUUCUAGACUAUUGGUUGACAAACAACAGAGUUGACAAAUAUGCUUAUAAUGCAGGUUCUUUGAUUUUCAUAAUUAUGUCAUGCACUAUUGCAGUUGGGACCAAUCUCAGCCAAUUUAUCUGCAUUGGCAGAUUUACUGCCGUCUCUUUUCAAGUCCUAGGCCACAUGAAGACAAUACUUGUUUUAAUAAUGGGGUUCUUUUUCUUUGGGAGAGAAGGUCUUAAUAUUCACGUGGUUUUAGGGAUGGUUAUAGCUGUGAUUGGAAUGAUAUGGUAUGGCAAUGCCUCCUCAAAGCCUGGUGGAAAGGAGCGUUUGAAUCACUCUCUCCCUACCAACAAAACUGAAAGCCCAUAGUUUCACAUCAAUCACUCAUUGUGCCUUUUUUAUCUUACAAAAGUUGAGAACAUUAAAGAGUAGGUUAUUAUAGGAAAGUAUUUAAUUAUUUCAAAUUAAAACCUUAUUAUUUCAACGUUAUUGUAAUUCUUUAAAUUUGAUUUCUUGUUUUGAUUCCAGUGGAUAUUCCUAAUAGGAUUAGGUUCAAUACCA